CACGGUGUGUCGCUGUUCACUCGUUUUCAAGAGAGCAUAUGCCGGAGAUUGUACCAGCUUUGAAGCGUUUUACUUGGACGUAAAGUUAGAACAUAGUUACUAUCACCAACCUCGAAAGCUGCAUUGGGUGUUUUGGUCACAUUUGGCCGUAAAAAAAUUAUCGUCGUAGGGUCGAGGCGUAGUGUCAAUGAUCAGCAGUGGACGGCAGCCUAAACCGACAACUUCGUCGCAUAACGGAGACACUCAACAUGGUAGAAUAUCCUCGUCCGAAGAUCUCGAGAUAAUAGACUAAGUUGUCUCUUCGAAAUGGAUACUGGACAACAGCAGAGCAGCUUGUGCAGGCGAGUACUGGAGGAGCUCGGUUUGGUCUCAGUCUACAACUCCUCCACCGACGUCAAGCUCCUCUGCAUGCAGCGCUUCGUCCGAUUGUUCGCAUAUGGCGCUUCCACUCUCAUCCUGGUGUCCUAUUUGGAAGCACUCGGCAACACGAAGACACGAAUUGGGCUAUUCAUGACCUUGACGUUGGCCGGGGACGUCUGCAUCAGUUUCUUCCUCACACUCUUCGCCGAUGCGAUCGGUCGGAAAGCCAUACUCGCGCUUGGUGCUGUGUUGAUGGCAGCGAGUGGCAUCAUUUUCGUCGUCUCUGGGAACUAUUGGGUGUUGCUCAUCGCAGCAAUUUGCGGCGUCAUCAGUCCGAGCGGGAAUGAGAUCGGCCCUUUCAGAGCUAUUGAAGAGAGCAUUGUUGCACAGUUGACAGCCCCUGAGAACCGAAGCGACAUCUAUGCUUGGUACAAUCUCUUGGGACCGGCGGGUACAGCAUUCGGCAUGAUCACUGGAGGAUGGGUGCUUGACUACUUGAUCGAAAGACUCAGAUGGGACUAUGUCAGCUCAUACAGGGUCCUCUACAUGGUGUAUGCUGCCAUUGGAGUUAUCAAGCUAAUGCUCACGUUGCUACUUAGUCAUUUCGUCGAGUCGGGGAAGAAACAAGAACAAACUCGACUUAGGAAUGGGAACCCAGAAACUGCGCCCCUGCUAAACGACGAAACCACGCCCGGCACCCCCACAGGUUCACCGCACAAGAAAGGGUUGCGGGCUCUUCUCCCAGAAAUUAGCAAAGAGAGCGUCUCGGUGGUUUUCAAUUUGUCUUUGCUCUUCGCGUUGGAUGCUUUCGCUUCAGGUCUUGUUCCUCUGUCCUGGAUGACUUUCUUCUUCAAGACCCAAUACGGCCUUGAAGAAGGUAAACUCGGAACUGUCUUCUUCAUCACCAGUCUCGUUGCUGCGGCAUCCAUGCUUGUAGCAUCGGCCUUGGCCAAACGAAUUGGAAAUAUCCAGACUAUGGUGUUUACGCAUUUGCCUUCCUCUAUGUUCCUGGCACUCAUCCCACUCCGGCAUCAAGUGCAGUGGUCCUUGGUGUUUCUCAUUCUCCGGGCGUGCACACACUCCAUGGAUACAGCACCUCGAUCCGCGUUCUUGGCUACCAUCGUACUGCCAGAAGAGCGGACAGCCGUCAUGGGAACUAUAAAUGUAGUCAAGACGACCGCUCAAAGCCUUGGACCCGUUAUCACCGGGGUCCUGGCUGACAAAGAUCACCUCUGGGUGUCAUUUGUUUGCGCGGGCAUUCUGAAGGCUUGCUACGACCUCGGACUCUUGGCCGUGUUCAAGAACAAGGAGAGGGAGAGAGAACUUGCCGAACAGAGAAGGAUUGAAGAGGAGCACGAGCACGAGCACGAGCACCGUUGCGCAUGACGCACUGAGCUCUCAUUUCGUUACAUCGCGAAGCUGGUAUUCCUGACAGAGAGGCAAAAGUGCACGUAGGAAAUCAAGACAAAUGAUACAAAUACUGUCGGAUCUAUACAGGGUUGGUAGACUAUGGUAGACCACCAUGCAAGCCUUUCGCUCUCAUUCUGAC